AUGGCCACCGAAUUGACUCCACAACAAAUUAGUGUUAGCUUUGUUGCACAAUACUACUACAUUUUGUCAUCUAACACCAAAAAUCUUUACAAAUUUUACAAGAAUGAAUCCGAAAUGACUCACGAACACUCUAAUGUUGUGAAACAAUUACCUGGUAAUAUUAAUCCAAACACUGUUGUUGGUCAAGAUAUUGAAAAAAAGAUUUCUACUCUCGGUUAUGAAGAUUGUAAAGUUCGAUUGACUUUUGUUGAUUCACAACGUUCAUUGAAUGGAUCUGUCUUUGUUUUUGUAGAAGGAGUGAUGAUUAGACAGAGUGAUGACCAAAAAGAAAUGAAUUUUGUUCAAACAUUCCUUUUGGCAGAACAAGAGAAUGGAUACUACGUGAGAAAUGAUUACCUCCGUUUUACCUCUUGUGCAUCUUCUGUAACCCCUAAUGCUGUUCCUCACCAAGUCACAACAACAAUCUCUCAACCUCAACCUCCACAUCAACAACAUCAUGCUACUAAUACUGCAUCUUCUGAUACCCAAGUUAAGUCUCAAAAUGGAAGUACAAAUGCAACACCUCCUCAAUUAUCUUUCUCAACUAAUUCUUCCGUAGCAAAUACUGCUGCUAAUGGUUCACAUUCUCCAAGAAGCGAGACAAGCUCUACGGCUGCCACUGCGGGAGCAAGUUCUGUUUACGGAGGUGCUGAGGAUAACCAAUUAGAUGAAGAAAGCGAUCAUGAAGAACCUAAGCAAUCAGAAAAGAAACCAGUUGUGAAUGUACCACCCCAAUCAAGUAGCAAUAUUGCUAAUCCACCUGUUGCAUCUUCAUCAACACGUGCUGAAAAAUCAAGUGAAACCAACAAGACCAUUUCUUAUGCUGCUGCUGUCAAGAAUGAACAAAAUUCUGCUACUUUGGCAUCCUCAACUACCACUGUUGCUCAAGAAGCAUCUCAACAGCCAAAACGUGGUAAAAAACAUCAUAAGAACGAAAAUAAGGAAAAGACCGAACUCAAAGAAGAUAACAAGAAUGAUCAAAAGACUGAAAACAAGAUCGAGCAUAAGAAAUUAGAACACCACAAGAUGGAACCUAAGAAUCGCAAGAAUGAACAUCAUAAGAGUGACAACGAUCAUAAGAAACCAUCAAGCGCUCCUGCUAGUACAGAUGAUGAAAGGAAUGCACUGAUUGGUGAGAAGAAGACAUUCCGUGGAAAAGAUCAUCCUCUCAACAAGUAUGCUGUGUAUGUCCGUGAUUUACCAGUGGGAACUAAGGAUAGUGAUUUGAAACAAAUCUUUGCAUCCUAUGGAAAUGUAAUUGAUAUUAACAACAAGUCAGGAAAAGAUCAAUCUUAUAACAAAUAUGCCUUGAUUUUCUUUGAGACAAAACAAAGCGUUGACGCUCUUUUGGAAAAGCCAACUGUGAACAUUGAGGGUCAUGAAUGUCCAAUCACUAGAUACCAGAGAAAACCAAAACCCCAUUUUACACCACGAGGUUACAACAACAAUAAUGCUCCCAAUCCAACUCGUCAAGGUAAUGAAAGACGUCCUCAAAGACAAAGGUUUGCUCGUGCUCCUGCCCAAACUGAUACUUCCCAAAACAAACGUUCAUCUUCACAACUCAAAUUGGACGAUUUGAAUACUGGUAAUGAAAAAUACUUUGGGUUGGAGAAUUUCGGAAACACGUGCUAUGCCAACAGUGUUCUGCAAGCGUUAUAUUUCUGCAAACCAUUCCGAUAUCGAAUUUUGGAAUAUUAUGAAAACAACAAACUACAACAACAACCAGAUUUAAAGAAUUCUAAUUUAUUGCAUUCACUCUCUGAUUUGUUUUACCAAUUGUUUAAUCAAAAGAAAAAUAGUGGACAUCUCGCUCCCAAGAACUUUAUUCAGAGGCUACGUGCUGACAAUGAACUGUUUAGAAGUUUGAUGCAGCAAGAUGCACAAGAGUUUUUGAAUUUUGUUCUGAAUCAUGUAGUUGAGAUUUUACAAAGAGAAGACUCUAAUAGAGUUGAGAAUGAGGAACAAAAUAUUCCAUCUACCUCUUCUCGUGGCUCGGAAAUGGAUACAAGUAGUGACAUUCAAGAAAUACAUUCAGAAAAUUCACAGGAAUCAAAGAAGGUGAAAACAUUUAUUCAUGAAAUAUUUGAAGGAAAAUUAAUUAAUGAAACAAGAUGUAUCAUGUGUGAAAAUGUGACAAGUAGAGAAGAAAGUUUCUUUGACAUUAGUAUAGAUGUACAACAAUUUUCGUCUAUUACUCAAUGUCUUAAAAACUUUAGUAGCAUGCAAAUUCUAAAAUCAAACAACAAAUUUUACUGUGAUCAUUGUUGCUCGCAUCAGGAAGCCCAAACAAGAAUGACUAUCAAACAACAACCACAAGUUCUUGCUAUACAGCUUAAAAGGUUCAAAUAUAUGAACAACACUUUCAAGAAGCUUUCUUAUCGUGUGACCUUUCCUUUCGAUAUUAAGCUCCCAAAUUUAUCCGAGGAUGAAACAGAAAAAACAUACAGAUUAUUUGCAGCAGUUGUUCAUAUUGGUUCUGGUCCAAAUUGUGGCCACUACAAGUGUAUUGUGAGGUCUGAAGAUCAAUGGAUUCUGUUUGAUGAUGAUCGAGUGACCAUGGUUGAUGAAGAUUAUAUUAGGUCUACUUAUGGAUUUCCUUAUGAUGAGACGUCUUCAUUUAGUGGAAUUACCGAGACAUGUUAUAUAUUGUUUUACAGCUCGGACGUGUAA